AUGUGUUUCAACAAAGGUGACUUCCCAUUUACUUACUUAGGAUGUCCUAUCUUUCAUGCUAGAAGGCAGAAGUUGUUCUAUAAAGAUAUGAUGAAGAAAGUGAAGGACAGGUUGCAUGCUUGGAGAGAUUCUUUUGGCAAACUACGGAAGAAGGAAGAAGCAAGCACUGGUCAGCAUGGGAAAAUAUUCAGGACAAGCGGUACACUGUGGUCCAACUUUAUAUGGAACAAAUAUUGUAAGAGGUUUAGGCCAAAUGUGGUUCAGUGGAAAGGGGGAUCUCAGACUUGGAAAAUGAUGCUUCAAGCUAGAGAUGAAAUGGAACAUGGUAUUUGGUGGGAACCUAAGAAUCGAUCUUCUUCAAUCUGGUUUGAUAAUUGGUCUAAACUAGGUGCUUUGCAUGAUCUGUUACCUAUUCAUUAUCAGAAUGAAGUUUUAGGAGAUAAGCUUGAAGAGUUGAUGCGUGAAAGUCAGUGGAACUAUGCAAAGCUACAAGAGGUGUUACCAGCUGCUAUUGUUGAUCAUGUUAGAAUGGAACUGGGACUUUUUGUGAGAACAGAUGAGAUAGAUAAGCCAUGGUGGAUACUCACAAGCUCUGGUAAAUUUACAGUUAAAAGUGCAUCGGAGAAGCUGAGAAAAAGGAAUUGGAUAUCAACUCAUAGUCUCAAGAUGUUGGUGUUGUCAGAAUCAGCAGGAAACUAUGGAUCAUAUCUUCAUUAUAGGUCCUUUUACAACCACAAUAUGGCAUUGUUUUUCAACAGCAGCAGACUGAAACCUUUAUAUCAAGCAAUUCCUGCUUUGGUUUUAUGGCAAAUUUGGAAGAGCAGGAAUACCAGGAGGCAUGGAGGGGCAGUUUCUCAGCACAAGGUGAAGUGGAACUUUCCAGAUAGAGGAUGCUUUAAAUGCAACACUGAUGGUGCUUCUAAAGGGAAUCCAGGGCCAAGUUCAGCAGCCUUUUGUGUUAGAGAUAGUUCAGGAGAGUUUAUAUAUGCUAUGGCAAGGAUAUUAACUGAGACUACCAAUCUAGUUGCUGAAGUUGUUGCCAUUGAGGAGGGAAUCACGUACUGUGUUUUACAUGAUUUAUUGCCUGUUAUAGUGGAAACAGAUUCUCUUACAAUGCAAAAGGUCCUGGAUGGUAUUUGGGAGGUGCCAAGGAACAUUGCUUUGCCGGUGAGGAGUAUAGAAAGAUGGAUGAAGGGCAAAGAUGUAUCAGUGGUGCAUGUGUUCAGAGAAGGAAACUGUGUGGCAUGGUUUUUGAUUUUGCAGCUAUCAAGACAACAACAGAUCAGAAUAACAAUGAAGGCAGGGAAGGGGAUGCAACUGGAAAUAACUUUGUUUUGUGGUGUGUGGUAUCAACCUUGGUUCAUUCUACCACAAAACAUUGAUAUUUCUGGUUGGGAAUUCUUCAAUGUGGAAUCAGUUGCAGCUAGUAACAAGCAGGAGAUCAUCAUCAGCUUCUGUGGCUAA